AGUUCCUAGCACGAACUUUCGUUUGUUCCGUGCUUAAUUAAAAAAAAUUAGAGACGUGUUUUUAUAAAUACCGUUAUACACAGAAACGUCUAUAAAAUUUUCAUUUUUAUUACUUGUUACUUUCUUAAACCAAGUUGUGAAUAAAAGCAAAAAUGGGAACAGUUUAUGCUAAGGAUCAGGGUACACCAAAAAAUAUGGAUCAACAUUUCACGAGUAAAAUGAUGCAUAAAAAACAAAACGAAUUACAAGAUUCACAUUAUAAUAAAGAACAGGAUUUUGAAAAACAUCAAAACAUGCAGACACGAGUAAUUCAUUUACAAACCAUAAAAGCACGUGUUGACAAAAUACAUAUUGAUGGACUUGGCCGUACAAAGGAUGAUAUAAUAAAAUCACAAGUUUCAGAACUUUUUAAAGCUCAUGAUUUUCAAGAAGUUAUUAUGCGUGCUCAUAAAGUACGAGGGAAAUUGGAGGCUUUAGGAUGCUUUAAGAAUAUUGGAAUCUUUAUUGAUAUAAGUGAAGGUCCUAAUGCUACCCCAGAAGGUGUAGAAGUUACUUUCACUGUUCGAGAAAUGAAACGUCUAAUGGGAUCAGUAAAUACUAUGGUUGGUAAUAAUGAAGGAUCAGUUAUUAUUGGAGCAAAAGCUCCUAAUAUUUUUGGAAGAGGAGAAAAAGUUCAAGUAGAAUAUGCAUAUGGCAAUAAGAGCUCGACUAAUAUAAAUAUCUCAGCUAUUAAACCACUUUUGGACGACUGGUUGCAUACAAUAUUAACAGGUAGCUUAUACAGCACAUCAAGUGAUUUUCCAUGGUCUGGAUAUACAGAGAGAGAUAAUGGGCUUUUACUAGAUGUAGCUUGCAAUUCUGGAGCAAUAAAUAUAUUAAAACAUAAUUUUCAAUAUGAAGCAUCAUUCAGACAAGUUAGUUGCUCUAGACAGGCAUCAUUUAGUGUUCGUGAACAAUGUGGUCCAAGCUUAAAAUCUGCCUUAAGACACAUUUGUUCACUUGAUAAAAGAGAUGCUAAACUAUUUCCAACUAGAGGAAAUCUUAUCCAAUUUUCAAGCGAAGUUGCUGGUUUAGGUGGAGAUAUUGGAUUUAUAAAAAAUGAACUUCUGAUGCAGAGCAAUUGGUCACCACAUAAAUAUCUUACGUUCCAACUGGCUGCUCAAGCAGGAUUAUUAAGAAGUAUUAACAAUGAUAUGAAAAUAAGUAUUAUUGACCACUUUUUCUUGGGUGGGCCCUUAAAUGUUAGGGGUUUUGACAUUAGAGGUUGCGGCCCUCGUAAUGAAGGUAAUGCUGUAGGCGGUGACGUAUAUUGGGCAGCUGCUUUACAUGUUUAUACACCUCUUCCAUUCAGGCCAGGUCGUAAUGGUUUUGGUGAUCUAUUCAAACUACAUGGUUUUAUCAAUGGUGGUAAUCUUUCUAAUUUUACUGCUAAACUUGCUAAUAAUUAUAAAGAAAAUAUGAAGAUAUUCACAGAUAAUGUUCGUUGUUCUGUUGGAGCAGGAAUUGCGAUGGAGCUUGGAAGUGUUGCAAGAGUAGAAUUAAAUGUAAUAAUGCCUUUAUUAUUUGUUAGAAACGAUGCAUUGCGACAGUUUCAAUUUGGUAUUGGUGUACAGUACUUAUGAACAAAUUAUAUUUUGAUAUAGUAAUUGUA